AUGAAAAUAGCGCGCAUUGAGGUGAUGAGGCGUUGGGAGGAGAGGCAGGGUGACCAGGGUGACCAGGCAGACCAGGGUGACCAGGGUGACCAGGCUGACCAGGGUGACCAGGGUGACCAGGCUGACCAGGGUGACCAGGGUGACCAGGCUGACCAGGGUGACCAGGGUGACCAGGCUGACCAGGGUGACCAGGGUGACCAGGCUGACCAGGGUGACCAGGGUGACCAGGGUGAGCAGGCUGACCAGGGUGACCAGGCUGAGCAGGCUGACCAGGGUGAGCAGGCUGACCAGGGUGACCAGGGUGACCAAGGUGAGCAGGCUGACCAGGGUGACCAGGCUGAGCAGGCUGACCAGGGUGAGCAGGCUGACCAGGGUGACCAGGGUGACCAAGGUGAGCAGGCUGACCAGGGUGACCAAGCGUCCCUAUGUAAGAUCCUCCGUAAGAUCCGUACAACCACUGGCGCCGUCGUGCGGGUCAGAGACACCCGCACCAGCUGUCGUGCGGGUCAGAGACACCCGCACCAGCCGUCGUGCGGGUCAGAGACACCCGCACCAGCUGUCGUGCGGGUCAGAGACACCCGCACCAGCCGUCGUGCGGGUCAGAGACACCCGCACCAGCUGUCGUGCGGGUCAGAGACACCCGCACCAGCCGUCGUGCGGGUCAGAGACACCCGCACCAGCCGUCGUGCGGGUCAGAGACACCCGCACCAGCCGUCGUGCGGGUCAGAGACACCCGCACCAGCUGUCGUGCGGGUCAGAGACACCCGCACCAGCCGUCGUGCGGGUCAGAGACACCCGCACCAGCCGUCGUGCGGGUCAGAGACACCCGCACCAGCCGUCGUGCGGGUCAGAGACACCCGCACCAGCCGUCGUGCGGGUCACAGACACCCGCACCAGCCGUCGUGCGGGUCAGAGACACCCGCACCAGCCGUCGUGCGGGUCACAGACACCCGCACCAGCCGUCGUGCGGGUCAGAGACACCCGCACCAGCCGUCGUGCGGGUCAGAGACACCCGCACCAGCCGUCGUGCGGGUCAGAGACACCCGCACCAGCUCCACCAGUAAUCACUUCCUCCUGGCACAAACUGCCGUAUAUACAAAUCAGAAAAUCUUGAAAAUGGGUAGUCUUAUAUUUGCAUCACAGAACGCUUGCUCUUAUUAUAAGAAAUGGGAUUUAUUUGAUGGUAUUAGAGAGAACUGGAGAGAUUAUAUCUGGCUGAGGAGACGAGAGUGA